AUGGAGUCGACUGAUUCUUCGCCGCCAUUGUCCAUGACCGACACGGAGAAGAAAGGCGAUGCAGUCACUACUGUGACCGAUGAAAGCUCGGUAUCAGAGUAUGAGCGCUUUCUUCACUUGGAAAAUGUGUUCAGCGGCGCCUCAAGGAAGAAGCUUCUUCGCAAAUUGGAUCUACGCCUGCUUCCGACACUUAGCUUUCUAUACUUGAUGUGUUCGCUGGAUAAAUCAAAUGCAGGAAAUGCAAAGUUAUUCGGCCUCCUUGAGGACCUUGGCAUGAGUGGUACCCAGUAUAAUCUGGCUCUGAUGUACUUCUUCUUCACCUACGGGCUUUCUGAGCCAGUCUCCAAUAUCAUGCUUCGAAGAGUCGGUCCUAAAAUAUGGUUCCCAUUCAUCGUGUGUGCAUGGGGGCUUAUCACAACUCUCACCUCGCAAGCGAGCUCUUAUGCUGGCUUUGUCGUUAUCCGUCUGAUGCUGGGAAUAACUGAGGCUGGACUGUACCCAGGUGCUUACUUCAUUCUCUCCAUGUGGUAUACACCGAAAGAGAUCGGCACGCGAAUGGCUAUUUUCUACGGUGCAAACACAACCGCAGGUGCCUUUGGUGGUGUCAUUGCCUACGGAGUCGGAUCACUUGAUGGAAAUCUCGGCUGGAGAGCCUGGAGGUGGCUCUUCCUUAUUGAAGGAUGCAUCACCAUUUUUGCUGGACUUGCUUGCCUGUUUUGCUUACCUGCGUUUCCUCAUCAAUAUCAGGCUGGCAAAGGUACCAAAUGGCUUACUGACGAGGAACUUGAAUAUGCUUCCCUUCGUGUCAAAUAUGCCAAUGGCCCUGUGUCUUCAACUUAUACCUUCCGCUGGAGUGAUGUGGUUGCAGCGGCAAAGGAUCGGAAAACCUAUUUUAUGAUGAUGUUGUUCUGGUGGGGUGGCUCCGUACCUACGUACUCCCUGUCUUAUACUCUGCCCACAAUGGUUGCAAACUUGGGAUACACUGCGGUGAAAGCGCAAGUCAUGACCACGCCCCCUUACAUUUUUGCCACGUGCGUUUGUGUUGCCGUUGGUUAUAUUAGUGAUCAAACACAGCGACGGUAUCUGUGCAUCAUGGGCGCGUAUACCCUGGGUCUGAUUGGUAUCAUUAUUUUGUGGAUAACAGUUCACCACCCUUCCAUCCCAGGCGUGAGCUACUUUGCUAUUUUCUUAGCUGCAGCUGGAUACUCGGCACAAGCUCCUAUUGUUGGCGCUUGGACAGCUUCCAACAUUACGAACCCAUCCAAGCGAGCCGCUGCUAUUGGUCUUCUGAUGCUCCUCGGUAGCGUCGGUGGUGGUAGUAUUGGAUCUAAUAUCUAUAUUUCAAGCGAAGCGCCUACUUAUCCUCUUGGAUUUGGCUUCUCAGUUGGUGCAACUGUGCUUGGAGCUAUGAUCCCUGCUACUAUACAUUGGUUUUUAAUGCGCAAGGAAAAUAAGCGACGGGGUGGAUUGGACGUUGCCGAGAUUGAGAGGAAAUACACUACCGAGGAGCUAGGAGAAAUGGGCGAGGAUAGCCCGUUGUUCCGAUUUGUGCUAUAA